AUGGAGUCCAAACCGUUGGAGAGCUCUGCCGACACAGCGAUUAGUGUGUCAACCCCUGCAGGUGGUACACCUGCAAACCUACCAGUAGCUGUUGAAACAACCGCUAUGCCUGUAGCAAACGGAAUAAGCGGCGCAACUGCGCAACCAAGUGUUGCUCCUACUUUAAAUGGAAUAGCUACGACAGCACCUGUAGACAGUGAAAUAAAACAGGAAGUUGGAAGCUUUACCAACAGUCCACAGAGGAAAUCGGUAAGCUUCAAGAGCGGGAAGAGAUCCUCAAGCAAGAGGUUUAUUAUUCCGCCACCAAGAGCCACGCCCUCAUCCAGCUCUGGCUUUCCAGGCGUUAGCUGGAAUAAAAGAAUGGGCGCAUGGCUCGCGUUUUAUUAUGAUCAAGGGACAAGAAGAAGCAGAACCUUUCAUCCAAAGUAUUUUGAUAUGGAUGUGGAGAAAGCAAAGUUGGCUGCAAUCGAUUUCAUGAACAAUAUUGAGAAGCAACCCCGCUGCAGUUUAAGAAAAAAUCGUAGGGAAAAACAUGAGAACUCAUGGGCAAAUAACAUUUCAACAAAUUUAGCCUGUGAGUAUGAGAAUCAGUACCAAGAGAUUGCUUUGAGAAAAAAGCGUAAUAAAGCAAUCGCUCCUGUGCCUCGUGAUUUUUUAGUUGAUGGUAUCAAGAGAUCUCCAUUGAGCUGUUCUACCCAGGCAAGCAUUGGAGAACUCUACUUUGAUGCCCUCAGGCCAAGGUUUCUGGCUAAUUCUGCACUCGCUUUGGACGCAUCGGGAAUGGGAUCUAGCGGUGCAAAUUUGCUCGACAGUGCCCUCUUGAGAGGAACUAUGGCUCAACCCGCGGCUAGAAUGCCGUUACAUGCCCAAAUUGGCAAUGGUAGACAAGAUCUCCAUGGAGAUCGCAACGGAACACUUGAUAUUUUACACAAUGUUUCCCCUACCCCAAAAUCAUCACUUUUGGCCGCUGAGAGAAAGGACAUUAAUGAUCCUGGAGUAUUUUCCGCUGGUCUUCUCUGGGGAGGCUGUCAUAAUGUUUUCAUGAAUGGCCAUGAUUACGGUCAUUCAUCCCAAGACUCUGGAAACUUUAGUUUACCGUCUUUUGAUGCGGACUAUGGCUUUACAUCACCAGCUAACAGAAUAGGAAUGCAAAACAUGAUUGAUAACUCUGGAAUGGAUUCUGCACCCCUAUGUAUAGGGCACAUGGCCGACUAUGAAAAUUCGCCACUGGCCCAUGACGACCCAGAAAUAAGAAAAUUAGUCCAAUCAAUUGCACCAUCUGACUCUUUUGGGAAUUCAAACUUUAGUACCUCGUAUAACAACUGCUCGUCCACAUCAAUAAGCAGUCCGUAUAUGUCACCUUAUACGGUCUACAAUGCGCAUGCAGCAGACGAAUCAGCAUUAUCCAUGGCAUCCGGAUUUCAAAAUUUAUUAAUGCCUAGUGACUCACAGGUACAACAACACAAUCACCGUCUCUAUUCCCAAAGUUCUCCAUUUGACAUUUUGCCAAUUGAUUCGUCAUAG